AUGGAAUCCAUAAAUGUGGUGGUUGAUGAUGAACACAAACAAGCAGAUGUCACAUAUGAUGUUGGAACAUUCUGGGAACACGCAGCUGAAGAAUCUAAAAAAGAAGAUGAUUGCAGCCCCACUAUUGCAAAAGCUGAAGCUGAACCCUCUAACAAAGGACCAUCUAUAAGAGUUCAAAAAGAUCAUCCUAGUGAACUUAUUAUAGGAGAUCCCAACAGUGGAGUUGUUACAAGGUCAAGAGAACAGACCUCUCCCUCAAAGAACACUACUCCUCGCUCUGAAACUGCAUCCGACUCUAGGGCACCAAAUAUGGUAGGUGAUCAGGAUGUUGUACUGGAUGUUAUGCCAUUGAACUCGGUCCCAGCCAUUGAUCCUGUUGGUAGUAUACCAAGAAAGAUGCAUGCAAGAAAAUCAACUGGUGGGUCUAUUCCAGAAACGUUCUCUGCUAGGGAUAAAGAAGGGACUGCUUAUGUCCACAAUGCAAUCGCAUGCCUUGUCACAAGAAUCUUGAAUGAAGGUCACAAGGUAGAAGGAAUAUCUGUCCCUUUAGCCCAAGCUCCUGCUCCUGAGAACAGUAAAGAUAAUCAGGUUGAUGCUAGCAAGGAUCAUGUUGAUGUUGAGACAUCUGAAACCAACAAUGUUGAAGGCUCUGAUGCUAAAGAUGUUGAAGCAUCUGAAGAUAAAGAUGCGGAGAUUCUUGAAACAGAGAAAGCUGAAGAGGUCACUGCUACUUCUCCUAAAGAGAAGGCUACUCGCCCUACUGACAAUACAAAUGAUGUGGUGGAUCUGGAUAAUCUUGAUGAUCCUAUUGACAUUGCUGAUGAUGACCUCAUCUCCAGCAUUUCCAACAGAGUCAAGGCUCGAAGGGGAAAGCAGGUUGAUGAUCAACAUCCUCCCAAGACAAAGGUUGCUCCUCUAAAGAAUGCCACCAAAGAAAAGAUCAAGAAGGUCUCUGCUGAGUCUUCAAGAACUGGGAGCAAGGUUGCUGUGAAGAAGAGAAAAGAAAGAAGUGUUUCUGACUCCGAAGACAAUGUCCUAAGUGAUGUCCCUGACAUCCCUUCAAAGAAGAAGAUUGCUGUCACAAAAUCCUCCACAAAGGUCCGUGAUGUUCCCUUGGACAACAUUUAUCUGCACUAUGCUUCAAAUGCUAUCCAGUGGAAGUUUGUUUAUCAAAGAAGGCUGGCUCUAGAAAGAGAACUUGCAAAUGAUGCUCUGGAAUGUCAAGAGGUCAUGAAGCUCAUCAAAUCUGCAGGUUUGCUUAAAACUGUUACUCAUUUUUCUAAAUGCUAUGAAAUGCUCGUGAAGGAAUUUAUAGUGAAUUUGUCUCAAGAUUGUGCUGAUGGAAGAACUGAGGAUUUUCAUAAGGUGUAUGUUAUAAGAAAAUGUAUAGAUUUUUCCCCUACUGUUAUCAACCUCUAUCUAGGUAGAGAUGCUGAGGCUCAACCUGAGCUUGAAGUAACUGACAAUGAAGUAUGCAAAGUUAUCACUGGUGGUAAGGUUAAGAAAUGGCCCAUAAAGAGUAAAUUGUCUGCUAGUCUUUUGAAUGUCAGGUAUGCCUUGCUGCACAAAAUUGGUGCUGCAAACUGGGUGCCUACCAAUCACACUUCUACCAUUGCUGUUGGCCUAGGUAGAUUCAUAUAUGUUGUGGGAACCAAGACAAAAUUUGACUAUGGGACCUACAUAUUUGAUCAAACUAUGAGGCAUGUUGGUACCUCUGCUACCAAGCUACCCAUUGCUUUUCCAUCCCUGAUAUGUGGGAUAAUCCUCAAGCAACACCCUGGAAUUCUGAAAGCUAAAGAUUCUGUAUGUAAGAGGGAGAGUGCUUUGUCAUUUCACUAUAAGCUGCUCCAAAGGUCAGAUGACAUAACAUCUGCUGGGACAUCACAACCCAGCAAGUCUGUGAACAAAACCUUUCUCAUUGCUGAGCUGAAAGAGACUUUUAAGGAGUUGGACAACAGGAAGAUGAAGCUUGAAAAGCUCAUUCAAAGUCUUGAGCAGUCUACAGAUGAUGAUCAUGCUGGUGGAAGCGAUGGUGACAAUAUGGAUGAAGACAAGGGUGCUGAUAGUGGUGAUGAGGAAGAGGCCGAGGAUGGUGAGGGUACUGAAGAUACUGGGAGUAGUGAUGCUGAUGAAGAGACUAGUGGCUCUAGUGAUGAAGAGAUUAGUGGCUCUAGUGAUGAAGAGACUGAUGGUUCUGACAAUUAG